AUGGGAUCUACAUAUAAUUUAAAAGAAAAUGACGCCUUCAGUAGCUAUGAAGAGUUAAACAAAGCGAUAACACUAUAUGAAAAACAGAAUAGGGUACAAUUUUGGAAACGAGAUUGCAAAACUUCGGACAAUGCUAAAAAUCACUGCCCAAAGUUAUACAGCAAAGCUAAGGCUGCAUUAAAAUAUUAUAUUAUAAAAUACUGUUGCAUUCAUGGAGGACAAUCAUUUCGACCAAAACAACCGUUGUCUGUUACUAAACGACGUCUACGUCACAGCACUUUUAAGCAAGGUUGUCUAGCACAAAUAAACAUUGCUCUAUCUGAAGAUGGACAAUCAUUAGUUAUCAAAAGUAUGAUCACUGAUCACAACCAUGAUAUUCCAACAAUACCAGACGUCUCCACUGGUUUCCUUAAAAUAGGACAAAAACUAAUGGACCAACUGACCGAAAACUGGCCUAGGGUUAGUGAGAAUAUCACUAUUUAUGUUGAUGGCAGACAUUUUUCAUGCGUUGAGAGAUCUCCAUUGACUAAAUCUGACUGUUCGGUGGCCAAACAAAAGUUAUCAGCCUCAAAACUCUCCGACAAAAAUGCCGAAAACAUAAAUAAGCAUUCUGGAGCUCGACUCUGA